UUCUGUACCUCAAAAAACUCUCUCAUCCCCCCUCUUCUCUCUCUCUCUGCACGCGUAUAUAUAUAUAUAUAUAUGUUCGAUGCCAUGAUUGCAUACAACAAAUUUGUAUUUGAACAAUACAUAUUUUUGAAUUACACUCAAUCCGUUGCUUUAGCUAGAAAAGGAGACAUUUCUUAGCUUUCAGAUUAUUCGAUACCCUUCUUCUCUGGUUCUGUGAUAGGUGAGAGCUCGUCGCGCAAAACAUCCCUUGUUUUGGCUUUAAAAUGGGGGAUCACUUCGUUUUGCUCGUUGAUCGUUUGCUUACUGAGUCGACCCUCGAGGCUGCAAUCGAGAGUAGACUGAAGCACGUAGUCCCCAUCACUGUCGAAGAAGUAGCAAUCGACUACUCGUACCAGAAAGAUUCCGAGGCUAGCUUGUCUCCGAGGAAGGUGGUCGAGUGUAGGAUAUGCCAGGAUGAAGGUUUUGAUUCAAGUAUGGAGGCUCCUUGCUCUUGCUCUGGAAGCUUGAAGUAUGCUCAUCGUAGAUGUGUGCAAAAGUGGUGCAACGAGAAGGGUGACACCAUGUGUGAGAUAUGCCAUCAGCAAUUCAAGCCAGGAUACACUGCACCACCGCCAAUUUUCCGUUUUGGUGGACUUCCGAUGAACUUGAGGGGGAAUUGGCAGAUUGCAAGAAGAGAUUUGAACAAUCCGCGCAUUAUUGCAAUGGUUGCUGCUGAUCAUAGCCUCCUCGACCCAGAAUACGAUGAGUAUGCUGCUUCCACAUCACGAAGCAUAGUCUGCUGCCGCACAUUAGCACUAAUAUUCAUGGUGCUCCUGAUUAUACGGCAUACUCUUCCGGUAGUUGUGAGUCGAGCUGGGAAUUAUUCGCUCUCACUGAUCAUGCUUUUAUUGCUACGCGUUGCUGGGAUCAUUAUACCGAUCUGCAUUAUACUCAAAGCAGUCACCUCCAUCAUACGCCAUCGACAGCAACAGACGACGCCUGCGCCUGAUGAAGAAUCGAGCCCGUUACCUCUGAAUGAGCAAGAUUUGAAUGCAGUAAGCUAAAGGGCUAGAAAUUAACAAGAAAUUUGCCAAGGAAGAGCAACCGGUUUCGCCUCGGCUGAGGUGAAAUUUGCCAUCUGUCACAUUUCUGUUAUAAUCUAGUGUAAAUUGACCAGAAAAAAAAAAGAUAAAAGAAAAGUAGGUUAGAUUUUGAGGUUGGAUUUAGAAAGUAGUUAUUGACUUUGGGAAAAGCCUAGUUGGUGACCUUGGAAAUCAAUUGAUGAUCCUGCAUUAACUAAACCAAUUUGCUCAUUAAUUUUGUAUGAUUACAGUCAUUAUAAGUAGUAAUUUAAACCAAAUUGAUCAUUGUUGAUCAAUGAUCAAGAUCAA